AUGCUGUCCUUUCCCGGUGUAAUGGCCUGCUCCCGGACCUGUUCCCGCGUCCUAGGCCUGAGCCUUGGGACCUCAUCCCUGUGUGCUGCCGGGGCCAACAUUGCACUCCUCUUUCCUAACUGGGAUGUGACCUACCUGAUGAGGGGCCUCAUUGGCAAGCACGCCAUGCUGGGCUCUGGGCUCUGGGGAGGAGGCCUCAUGGUACUCAUGGCUGCGACUCUCACCAUGAGGGGCUUCUUCAGUAAGAGUGCACCCUGUCUGCACAUUCUCACUGCUCUGUUGUCAAGUGGCCUGGCUCUGCUCGGGGCCUUGAUUUGCUUUGUCACUUCUGGAGUAGCCUUGAAAGACGGUCCCUUUUGCAUGUUCGAUGUCUCGUUCUUCAAUCAGACACAAGCAUGGAAAUUCGGCUAUCCCUUCAAAGAUCUGCCCAACAGGAAUUAUUUGUAUGACCGCACACUCUGGACUGAUGUCUGCCUGGAGCCCUCUAAGGCUGUGGUUUGGCACGUGACCUUCUUCUCCACCAUCCUGUGCAUCAGCCUCCUCCAGCUUCUCCUGGUGGCGAUCCAUGUCGUCAAUAGCAUCCUCGGCCUGUUCUGCAGCUUCUGGGAGAAGUGCUAGGUAACAGAUGUUCU